UCCUCCAGAAAUAUUCCAAACACCGGCCUAACUAAACGUAGCUCGGUCUGGUUAUUUCGUUGGAAGUUCUGGAACAACUUUUUAACUUCUAACCAAUUUUUAUUUUCUAUUGUCAUCAUGGAUAAAGAUGAUCAAAAAGAAAAACCCAAUCCGUUUAAAAAUGAUCAAUGGAAAAGAGCAGCAAUUUACACAAGAGCCGUAAAUGCUUUUCGAGAUACAAUAUCUAUAAACAGUGAUGUUGGAUCUGAAUUUGAUACAAGAAAACAAAUCAAAUAUGGAACUAAAUAUCAAGCAGCAUGGGGUAUAUUUACGGAAUACUGUGAUAAUAGUACUAUUCAUGGCAUUAGAUAUAUGGGUGAAAUGAAACGGCCAAUAUUGGAAAGGCUAUUUUGGACCAUUGUCUUUUGUUCCUCAAUUUUCAUCUGUGCCACUUUGACAAUGAACGUAUGGGAUAAAUGGAACAACAAUCCAGUGAUUGUAAGUUUUGCAGAGAAAUCCACCCCAGUCUGGCAAAUACCAUUUCCUUCAGUGACAGUAUGUCCCGAAACAAAAACCAGACGUGAAAUAUUCAAUUUUACUGAUAUGUUUUGGAAAUUAGCUGAAGGACAAGCUGGUAAUAUGACAGAAAAAGAGGAUUACUAUUUGGAAGCUAUCUCACAAGUUUGCCUUUACCAUUUAUUGGGUGGCUUUGAUUAUGGCAGUAAGUACGCCAAUGGAUCGGAACUUAUAGCUGCUCUGGAAGAGACUAAUUUGGUAUUCAAUGAGACAUAUUUCUUUUGCAAAUGGCGGAAUUUCGAUAGUUAUUGUGAUAAGUUCAAAAAAAUGAUCACGGAAGAGGGGUUGUGCUAUAGUUUUAAUGCAUUCGAUCCGAAGGACAUCUAUCGAGAAGAAGCUCUUGUAGAUGAUAUAAUCUUUGGUGGGGAUUACAACGAAACGGUGGAAUGGAAUCUCGAGGACGGUUACAGUGACGAAGCAGGCCCCGAAACUUUCCCACAUCGAGUCUUGGGGGCUGGAGCUAGGGCUGGGCUGUUUUUGGUACUUAAAGGGAUGGAAUCUGAUCUUGAUCAAUUGUGCCGCGGCCCUGUUCAGGGUUUCAAGAUUCUAUUGCACACGCCGGGAGAGGUUCCACAAGUGUCACAGCAGUAUUUUAGAAUUCCGUUUGAUCAGGAGGUUCUUAUAUCAAUCAAGCCGAAGAUCAUUACCACAUCGGAUGGUUUGAAGCACUAUGAACCAAUGAGACGACAGUGCUAUUUCCAAAAGGAGAGAUAUUUAAGGUUUUUCAAGGUCUACACUCAGAGUAAUUGUGAGUUAGAAUGCCUAUCAAACUUUACUUUGAAGGAAUGUGGUUGUGUAAAGUUCUCUAUGCCAAGAACUGCUGAUAUGCCAGUUUGUGGAGCUGCCAGCUUGUUUUGUGUCAACAAAGCUGAAGACUCUCUUCUCCUCAAAGAAUUCAAACAAGGCUUAAAAACUUCCGCUGAGAAUUUCCGAGGUGCUACAGAAUGUAAUUGCCUACCAGCUUGUACUUCCAUUGCCUAUGAAGCUGAAAUUUCACAAGCCGAUUACGAUUAUGCCUCACAGUUUCGAGCUUACAAAGAAGAAUCGUAUUUAAAAGAAAAUGCUGGAACUCAAAUGUCAAGAUUGUCAAUUUUCUUCAAAGAAGCCCAAUUUUUAACCUCAAAACGUUCUGAAUUAUAUGGUACUACGGAUUUUCUUGCCAAUUGUGGUGGUUUAUUGGGACUUUUUAUGGGUGUAUCGACUUUAAGUAUUGUCGAAUUGGUGUACUUUUGUACAGUAAGAUUGUGUAUUAAUUUGAGAAUGCGUAGAAAGAAACGACUUGAGAUGAAACGCCUUGAGAAGGCCAAUGAGGAAGGCUUGAAUCCAGAAACGGAUUUAAAUGAAAAAGACGCUUAAAAUUACAUAAUUUGUUUUUCUUUAUCAUCUUUAUCAGGAAAAAUUUGCCAAAAAUUGUUAUGUUUUUUAAAUAAAGACAAAAAAUAUACGUAGGCUAAGAUUUGAACAGUUAUUACAAAUUAUGGGGAUUUAUUAAAGUGCCUUCUAAUACAAAAUUUUGAAGU